UUAAGAAACGCUAAGAGUGUACGAACACAGAGGCUGUGAAUGGAAAAAUGGAGAAAGGACUAAAAUGACAUAACGGGGUCCCACUUAUCACUCCUGUGGGCGCCUUACAAGCCGAGCUUCGUUUUACUUAAAAACUGUAGGCCACCAGAGGAUCAUGUAUCAUAUGUGGCCAAUGCUUAACCAGAUGAAAGGAAUAGCUAUGGACAAACCAAUUUCUCUCAAACACCACUCAGACCCUCAUCAUCGUGUAAUUACAGAAAUUAGCUGCGAUUUCCACUUUUCUCCACCAAGCAUUUAUCAGUGGUUUCCCCUUGUUGUCCUUGUAUUUACUUUACCCAUUUAUCUCAUAUUAUUAAUUGCUUUACCUUCGAAUUUCUGUAUUUACUUUCAAGUUGUUGUCUCAGUAUCCGUUUCUUUUGUUGCCUUGUGGAUAAAGUCUUUUAUUUCGUCUCCUUGCCAAUUUGGUAAAAAGCUCCAUAAUUCAUGUGCUGGGUGCCAAAGUCUGCUUUCUUGCGAAAGUACUUGGUGCAGUUCUCUUAAUCUUGCUACUAAGUCUGCUUUUUUGUGCAAUAUUCAGAGUCUUUGAUAUCUUAUCCUAGAUAUAAAAGGUCCAUUUCUGUUAACAAUGAUUUAGGAGACCUCCUACUAAGUAAUUCAUUUGAGGUGUUUCCAAGUGCAAGAACCUGUAAAGUCUUUUUGAGUCCAAAGUUCCUUAAUACUGCUUGUAGGAGGGAUGGCAUCAAUUCUAGGUUUCAGGGUACCACCCUUUUUAGUUUUGAACUCAGAGAAUAAGCCUCAAAGCCGUGUGCGGGUUCGUAGUUCAGCUAGUGGAGAUUCAGUGGUGCUGUCAUCUGAUUCAGUAGUUGUAAAUGGAGCUUCUGUUGUUGGGGAGAAAGAGAGAAUUGGGUCUUGGAUUGAGAAUGGGAAUGGAAGUUCAAGUGCUGAAGUUGAUAAGCAGAAGAAGAUAGACAGUAGUAAUGUUCCUGAAAAUUUGGAACCACUGUGGGAUGAUGGGUACGGUACCAGUACUGUGAAAGAUUAUUUUGAUGCAGUCAAGGAGAUGAUCAAGCCUGAUGGUGGACCACCCAGGUGGUUUACGCCCAUCGAAUGCGAGUGUCCUGUAAAGGAUGCUCCAGUUCUUCUGUUUUUGCCGGGAAUGGAUGGAACUGGGAUGGGCCUCAUUUUGCACCAUAAAGCUCUUGGGAAGGUUUUUGAAGUCCGAUGCCUGCAUAUUCCUGUUAAUGAUCGAACUCCAUUUGAAGGACUAGUGAAAUAUGUUGAAGAAACUGUUAGACUUGAACAUGCUUUGUCACCAAAGAAACCAAUUUAUUUGGUGGGAGAUUCAUUUGGAGGAUGCCUAUCACUUGCUGUUGCUGCUCGAAAUCCUACCAUUGAUCUAGUUCUAAUAUUAGUAAAUCCAGCUACUUCAUAUGCAAGGUCUCAGCUACAGCCCUUGUUCCCCAUAUUGGAGUCUAUGCCUGAUAUACUACAUGCCUCAGUUCCCUAUCUUCUGAGCUAUGUUAUGGGUGAUCCAACAAAGAUGGCAAUGGUUAACGUUGAAAGUAGGCUUCCUCCGAUACAACGAUAUGAGAAAAUGUUUCACAAUCUCCGUGAUUUGCUACCAUGUCUUUCUUUUUUUACUGAUAUUAUACCAAAGGAGACUCUUCUUUGGAAGCUGAAGCUGCUCAAAUCAGCUGCUGCUUAUGCUAAUUCUCGUCUUCAUGCUGUAAAAGCCGAAGUACUUGUGCUGGCAAGUGGUAAGGAUAGCAUGGUUCCUAGUGAAGAUGAAGCUCAACGUCUGAGAAAAUCAUUACAGAAUUGCACAGUUCGUCACUUCAAAGACAAUGGGCAUACCCUUUUGUUGGAAGAUGGGAUUAGUUUGCUGACAGUUAUUAAAGGUACAAGCAAAUACCGUCGUUCAAGGAGGCACAACGAUGUCUCAGAUUAUCUGCCUCCUAGUAGGACAGAAUUCAAAUAUGCAUGUGAUCAAGUAAUUGGAUUAUUACGUUUUGCUGCUGGUUCUACAAUGUUUUCAACAACUGAAGAUGGAAAAAUAGUGAAAGGUCUUGCUGGAGUCCCAAAUGAAGGUCCUGUGUUACUAGUUGGUUAUCAUAAUUUAAUGGGAUUUGAACUUUAUUCACUUGUUGAACAGUUUUUAAAAGAGAAAAAUAUAAUGGUCCGUGGUAUGGCACAUCCUCAAAUUUUUCAGUGGAAUUCCAAGCGUUCAUUUCCUGAAUUUUCAAUGAAUGACUGGUUAAGUGUAUUUGGUGCUUUACCUGUCACACCCACCAAUCUAUUUAGAUUGCUUUCCUCAAAUUCACAUGUUCUUCUAUAUCCUGGUGGUGCGCGUGAAGCUCUCCAUUACAAGGGUGAAGAAUACAAGUUGUUUUGGCCUGAUCAACCAGAAUUUGUGAGAAUGGCAGCACGUUUUGGGGCUACAAUUGUACCAUUUGGUGCUGUAGGAGAAGACGAUCUCGUACAAUUGAUUUUCGAUUACAAUGACGUAAGAAGAAUCCCUGGAGCAGAGCAAUCUAUUAGAGAAGCUAAUGGUGUAAGAUUGAGGGAUGAGACAAGUGGGGAAGUUGCUAACAUAGAGCUGUUUAUACCAGGGCUUUUGCCUAAGAUGCCUGGUCGCUUUUACUAUUUGUUUGGGAAACCCAUAAAAACAAAUGGAAAGGAGGAGAUCCUGAAAGACAGAGAAAUUGCAAACCAGUUAUACUUGAAGAUAAAAUCUGAAGUUGAAAAAAGCAUGAAAUACUUACUUAAGAAGAGGGAGGAAGAUCCUUAUAGGAGUGUUAUUGAUAGAACACUAUACAAUGCUCUAUAUGCUUCUUCUCGUGAGGUUCCAACAUUUGAGCCUUAAAAUUUGGUCUUCAAAUCCAAAAGUACAUGUUCUUGGUUUUCCGUAUAUGCAUACAGAAUUGUGAAGUCGAUUUAUGUAAAGAAAAACAAAUAUCAUUAAUGAAAAGUUCUGAUUAUUUUUAUACCAAA